CUGCGGUACUAUCACCGCCCCCAGGAGCCCUCCACUCCACUAAAGCGGACACCUUGGACACUCCGGCCGCCAGGGUCCGUCCCUCUCGACUCUCCCUCGCCCGACUUCGACUCCCUGCUGGCUUGGCCUUGAUCCACGCCUCGCCUCACAUUUGCUGACACAGUCAAUGCCAACUUUCCUCCAAGUCGAACCCCAAUUCUCAUUCUGCCCCGAACGCGCCAGCAAUUCAUACGCGGGCGUCAUGACGGCCGUGUGUGCCUGUUGGUGAGAGACGACGCCGCCCGCAAUCCCGACCAACCUACACAGUACGAGUAAAGCUUCAUCAAACCCCCCGUUCGUCAUCGUUGUGCCCCUAUCGAGGGGUUGCCGAUCGUCGCACUCGCCGCCGCUGCCAUCCGGACCGCCACGAGCCCACGACACGACACGGGGCGCGCACGAGUCACGAGUCGGCGAGGUGCGCGAACCAUGGACGCGGGCCCCGACCGUGCAUGACCAACACUCACAAGCUCCACGACUGCGAUCGACGUUUCUCUAGACGGUGUCCCCGCCGACGAGCCCUGUCCUAGCCUGGAUUCGACGUCGACGACGACACUGGAGCCGCUGCUGCCUGGAGAAUGAGCCAUCCGAACCUGGCCGACGACUCUGACGUCUUCUUCUCCCCGUCCACCGCCGCCCGACCUGCCGUGACUCUUUCCUCCUCCUCCGCAUCCUCCUCCUCAACGGCCGCUCGAGAGCCCCCCGCCCGCCCGAGGCCAGCCCCUGCCCUCGAGGUAUCGCGCAGGGCCUCAGCCUCCGCCUCGCCUGCGCGGCUGCCGCGAUCGUCGUCGCUGCUGCCUCCCCCGCGCGCCGUCGCAGAAGCCGCAACCACGUCUGGCCCAACAUAUGCGCUCCAUGCCCCGGAACACCCAUUGACACGAGAAUCCGCGGCACACCUCGACCGGCCCCUGACGCCCACGCAUCAACCGGAGCGUGCCGAGAACAAGGUCCCGUUCCUCUCCCUGCCUCCAAUCCUCCCGCUCCCCCCUCUUGAGGAAGGAUCUGAGGGCAGGCCCUUGAGCCUGGAGGUCCUGCCCGGCGGCGACGUCAGCGACCGCGACACGUCCGGCCCGUCGCCCGAUCCCAUACGCCCAGCUACUUCCCACACUCUAUACAGAAUGCCCAACGAACCGGCCCGGGACGGCUACGCCGAUCGGAACCGUUCCAGAAGCCGCAAUGGCAAGAGCAGCGUCGACUUGACCAGGCCCAAGGCCCCAAAACCGCCAUCCCAGAAAGCCAUGCUUUCUCGUGCGCUGCAAAAGGCAAACACGGCCGUCCAACUGGACAACGCACAAAACUUUGAGGGGGCCCGGCUAGCCUAUGCCGAAGCAUGCGACUUGCUGCAGCAAGUGCUCCUCAGAACGUCAGGCGACGAUGACAAGAAAAAGCUUGAAGCCAUUCGUCGAACCUAUGCCAGUCGAAUCGAGGAACUGGACCAAAUGGGUCCCUGGAACAGCAAUGACUCCAACAAGGCCUUGCCAGCCAGGCCAGAGAGCAACGAGUAUCAGCCGAGCCCCGAUGUCGAAGACGACAACGAGGAAAUUGUCAUUGGAACGGCCAGCACGGUCAACUACGCCAGAGACGAUCCAAGACGCAGCCCUGCGUUGUAUCGAACCGGCGCCUCGCCAACACGAGAACGGAGAGAUGGCCACGUAAGAGACGCCUCUGAAGACAGCUUGCGAAAUACUACGAGCACUCCAAGUGCGCCGCUGCGUUCGGCCUUUUCACGGUCGCCCGCCCGACUGCGACAGCAGAAGGAGGCCGCCAGACGCGAGAGCGAGUCUGUGCCGCCGCCAUUAUCGACCCUUCGCGCAGCGUCUCCCGCAAAGCCCUACACUGACGGUUCCGACGAGACGCUGCCGCAGGAGAGGUCCUUCACACCUGGAUCAUGGGGCGACACACCAGACGUCGGGGCGUAUGGCCGAGACGGCAGUCAGAACUCUUGGUUGGAUGCCAUCGACGAGUCUGGUGGCUCGAGCGGCUCUUCGGUCCAUUCGCGCACAUCGUCUAUGGGCUACAGGAGGAAACAUCUCCGAGGCAUCAGCGGCAACACAGAGAACGAAUUCGACACGGCACUCGAUGCAGCCAUUGAGGCAGCAUACGACGAUGGAUACGAACCGAUGGGCUCCGAUAAUCUCGACGCCGACGACGCGAGUGACGAAAUCGUCAACAAGGCGCUGCGAAAGGUGGAAAUGGCCCGGGAGCGGGUGCGCCAGACGGAGCGCGAGGCAUACGGCACCGAAAAGCCGCGGCGGCGGCAACCCGAGCCAAUUCCCGAAAGACAGGAAUCGCCUGCCGACUUUUACGAUGACGACUCAUCAGAAGAGGAGGAGCGAAUGCUCGAGGAGAUGACGCGUGGCUAUGGCAUCGAGAGCUUCAUCAUGAACCAAGACAGGAAGCAAUCUAUAUCGCGACCCGAGUCGAGAGCCGCCGCCGGUACACACCGCCAGACUCCCUCGGACCCUGCGUCGGCGAUGGACAUGAAGCCGCUGCCGCCCAUCGAGAAGCCGGGGCCACGUGGCCCCGUCUCCAAGAACCUGAUGCCAUCUGCGCCGCCGCCGAUGCAAUCUUUGCCGGAGCUACCCGCUCAACGGUCCGCCUCGUCGCAGAGCGUUCGCAACCGUCGGCUGUCGGGACAGAACCCAAAGCAGCUCAAGAUCGAAACGAGCACACUCCGUCCACCGCCUACCCCCGUCAGAGAGGACGCAGGCCAGCCGCAUGCGGGGUCUACGCCCGUCGGACGAGAGGCCGACGCCAUCACGGCCGACACGGCUCGCUCGUCGGCGGAGGCAAGACAGCAAGAGUCGCCGCCGAUGGCGACAAUGCCCCCUACUCAAACGAUGACUCUUGGGUCACCGCCCAGCAGCCGAGGGCGAGUGGACGGAGACGACGCAGCCGGGCGGUCCGGGUCGCCCAUCGCACAGCGUAUUCGCAAGAACUUCUCGUCGUCGAGUCUGAGGAGCAUCAAGAGCAGGAACGUGUCUCUGUCGAAUCUCGACGAUGCCUCGGACAUGUCCCCAGGAACGCCAUCGAGCAACACGCCGGUUGGCAACUUGCGGGCACCCGCAGUGCCGGCGCUUCCGACGCCGCUGAGCUCAGGCUUCCGCGAGAACCCGGACGGAUCCGCAGCGGGUGGCCUUCACCUGUUCGAGGACAGCUUCCAUCUGCCGACCAGUCCGGGGUCACCGAACCCGAUGUCGAUGGAUGCGCCCGUCGCCCUGGAGCCCUGCCCCAACGACUACAUGCUUCGGCCGUUCUGGCUGAUGCGCUGCCUGUACCAAACAAUGGUGCACCCGAGGGGCGGCUAUCUCAGCACCAAGCUCUUUGUCCCCAGAGAUGUGUGGAAGGUCAAGGGCGUGAAGCUCAAGUACCUGGAAGACAAGAUCGCCAACUGCGACUACCUCACGGCGGCGCUGCUGAAGCUGGCCAAGGUGGACACGUGCGACGCGGAUGCGGUUCUCGAAGAGAUGCAGUUGCUCGAGGGCGUUCUCGAACAGGUGCAAGCAACGCUGACGCGGGGGAGGCUCGGCAGCGAGGUGGGCGUUCACAGCUCGGGCUCACUGUUUCGGGAAGCGUCCAACGUGGUUGAGGGCGACGGGUCCACGAGUAUGCCGCGUGCGCCAAGCAUGUCGAGCAAAUCAUCGUCGUUCUCGUGGCGGCGGCUGAGGUCUAAGAACUCGGCCGUGGGCCUCGGCGGCGCAUACAACAGCAGGCUCAGCAGCGUGGAGGGGACCAAGGAGGCGUUGACACUGCCGACGCUGCCCAUGACGGCGCAGCCGACGAGCCGGCCGGCCAAGAGGGACGUGAGCUCGGCGCAGUUUUCCGGGCCGAAUGCGCAUUACAUGGCCUCGCUUGCGCGCUUGUUUGACGCGGCGCAAGUAGUCGACCAAAUCGCGCGACAAGUCGAGGAUCCCGGGCUGCGUCACGCCGACAAGACGCAAGUCGGACUAGAGUUGUGCACGCGACACGCGGCCGAGUUCUUUGGCUUCUACAUCUGUCGGUUCGUGCUGACUGACGUGAGCCUGUUGCUUGACAAGUUUAUCAAGCGCGGAAGUGAGUGGGUGCUGUCCUGAGCGCGAGUGUCUGGCGCUUUGCCGGGGGGUUAUGAGGGAACCUACACUUUGCUUUUGCUGCAUGGCGGAUGAAGGAAUGUUGAGACUUUGUGUUUGAGGACUGUGGCAUGGUACUAAGCGUCGAAAUGCCCGAUUAUAUAUACCUCGGGGCCUGUCGUGCUUGGGACCUACAGCGAGGCUGGUAGAGAAGUUGGGGUCUGGGCGUCGCGGGAUAGCACAUUAUAGAGAGCGUUGUCAGUGCAUGGCGAACUAUGGAAUGAGAGGAGUCUGGGUAGCCAUCUAGGUGUACAUCCUUGAUCAGCUGGGUUUCCUGGCGAGCGGCGUCGGUGAGUGUUUGUAC